CAGCCCCGGGGCAGCCGCCCCGCAGACACCGCGGAAGGGAUGAUCCUGGCGGCGCUCUGUUGGGCUCGCUGCUAAACGCGCCUCCAUCCCUCCCUCUCCUCCUCUUCUCCCUCCCUCUUUUUCUCUCUCUCGGCUUUCCUCCUCCCUAACUCACUGGAUAUUGCCAGCCGCCGGGCUCGCCGCUACCUCUCCCCCAGCCAUGAAUCCCGCCGAAGGAGCGGCAGAAGAAGGCGCUGUCCCCGACUCCGAGGUGGAUGCUUUCUUCCGAACAGGUUCUUUUCGAAAUGAUGGUUUAAAAGCUGCCGAUGUUCUUCCUAUACUGAAGGAGAAAGUGGCCUUUGUGUCAGGUGGCCGUGAUAAACGAGGUGGUCCUGUCUUGACCUUCCCAGCCCGCAGCAAUCACGACAGAAUAAGGCAGGAAGACCUUCGGAAACUUGUGACUUAUUUGGCCAGCGUGCCAAGUGAAGAUGUUUGUAAGCGAGGAUUCACUGUUAUUAUUGAUAUGCGGGGAUCCAAAUGGGAUUUGAUCAAGCCUCUCCUAAAGACCCUUCAAGAAGCCUUUCCUGCUGAGAUUCAUGUCGCCCUGAUUAUAAAACCUGAUAAUUUCUGGCAGAAGCAGAAAACGAACUUCGGCAGUUCCAAGUUCAUCUUUGAGACAAGUAUGGUAUCAGUGGAAGGCCUGGCAAAACUCGUAGAUCCUUCUCAACUGACGGAUGAAUUUGAAGGAUCCUUGGAUUACAACCACGAUGAAUGGAUAGAGUUGCGCGUCUCCUUGGAAGAGUUUUUCAACAGUGCUGUCCAUUUAUUAUCAAGGCUGGAGGAUCUCCAGGAAAUGUUGGCUAGGAAGGAGUUUCCAGUUGAUGUUGAGGGCUCGAGAAGGCUGAUUGAUGAGCACACACAGCUUAAGAAAAAAGUGAUUAAAGCUCCUGUAGAAGAACUGGAUCGUGAGGGUCAGAGGUUAUUACAAUGCAUAAGAUGCAGUGAUGGUUUUUCUGGUAGGAACUGCAUUCCUGGAAGUGCAGAUUUUCAAAGUCUUGUGCCAAAGAUCACCAGCCUUUUAGACAAACUACAUUCUACCCGGCAACACUUACAUCAGAUGUGGCAUGUCCGCAAGUUGAAACUGGACCAGUGCUUUCAACUUCGACUUUUUGAGCAAGAUGCUGAGAAGAUGUUCGACUGGAUCAGCCACAACAAAGAAUUGUUCCUGCAGAGUCACACGGAGAUUGGUGUGAGCUACCAACAUGCCCUUGACCUACAGACGCAGCACAAUCACUUUGCCAUGAAUUCCAUGAAUGCCUAUGUCAACAUCAAUAGGAUCAUGUCUGUUGCAACAAGGCUUUCCGAGGCAGGCCAUUAUGCUUCCCAGCAAAUCAAACAAAUAUCUAGCCAGCUGGAUCAAGAGUGGAAGAGUUUUGCUGCAGCUCUGGAUGAACGCAGCACCAUCUUAGCCAUGUCUGCUGUCUUUCACCAGAAAGCUGAACAGUUCCUUUCAGGUGUGGAUGCCUGGUGCAAAAUGUGCAGUGAAGGAGGCCUCCCCUCAGAAAUGCAAGACCUGGAGCUGGCCAUCCAUCAUCAUCAGACCCUGUAUGAACAAGUAACACAGGCCUACACAGAGGUGAGCCAGGAUGGAAAAGCCUUGCUGGAUGUCCUGCAGCGUCCCUUGAGCCCUGGAAAUUCUGAAUCCCUCACUGCUACUGCAAACUACUCAAAGGCUGUUCACCAGGUGUUGGAUGUGGUACAUGAGGUCCUGCAUCACCAGCGGCGCCUAGAGAGCAUCUGGCAACACAGAAAGGUCCGGCUACACCAAAGGCUGCAGCUCUGUGUUUUCCAGCAGGAUGUUCAACAGGUACUGGACUGGAUUGAAAAUCAUGGGGAAGCCUUUCUGAGUAAACAUACAGGAGUGGGGAAAUCUCUUCACAGAGCACGCGCACUGCAGAAAAGACAUGAUGAUUUUGAAGAGGUAGCACAGAAUACAUACACCAAUGCAGACAAGCUUUUGGAGGCUGCAGAGCAGUUGGCUCAGACUGGAGAAUGUGACCCUGAAGAGAUCUAUAAAGCAGCCCGGCAUCUGGAAGUACGAAUUCAGGAUUUUGUCAGGAGGGUGGAACAGCGGAAACUUCUCUUGGACAUGUCAGUCUCCUUCCAUACCCACACCAAAGAGCUGUGGACAUGGAUGGAAGAUCUGCAGAAGGAGCUCUUAGAGGAUGUCUGUGCUGACUCUGUGGAUGCGGUUCAGGAGCUUAUCAAGCAGUUUCAGCAGCAACAAACAGCUACCUUGGAUGCUACACUCAAUGUUAUUAAAGAAGGGGAAGAUCUAAUCCAACAGCUCAGGGACUCUGCUGUUUCCAACAAUAAGACUCCACAUAAUAGCUCCAUCAGCCACAUUGAAUCUGUCCUUCAGCAGCUCGACGAGGCCCAGGUACAGAUGGAAGAGCUCUUCCACGAGAGGAAGAUUAAGCUAGACAUUUUCCUUCAGCUCCGGAUUUUUGAACAGUACACCAUUGAGGUUACAGCAGAGUUAGAUGCCUGGAAUGAAGAUCUGCUGAGACAAAUGAAUGAUUUCAAUACCGAAGACCUCACUCUGGCUGAGCAGCGUUUGCAGCGUCACACUGAGCGGAAGCUGGCCAUGAACAACAUGACCUUUGAAGUCAUUCAACAAGGGCAAGAUUUACACCAGUACAUCAUGGAGGUCCAGGCUUCAGGCAUCGAGCUGAUCUGUGAAAAAGACAUUGAUCUUGCAACUCAAGUUCAAGAGCUGCUGGAAUUCCUUCAUGAGAAACAACAUGAGCUGGAGCUUAAUGCUGACCAAACUCACAAGAGGUUAGAACAGUGCCUACAGCUCCGGCACUUACAAGCUGAAGUCAAGCAGGUGCUUGGCUGGAUCAGGAAUGGUGAAUCGAUGCUGAAUGCAAGCCUCGUCAAUGCGAGCUCCCUCUCUGAAGCUGAGCAGCUCCAGCGAGAGCAUGAGCAGUUUCAGCUGGCCAUAGAGUCCCUCUUUCAUGCCACUUCCUUACAGAAGACACACCAGAGUGCCCUGCAAGUCCAGCAGAAAGCUGAAGUGUUGCUACAGGCUGGGCAUUAUGAUGCUGAUGCUAUCAGAGAAUGUGCCGAAAAGGUGGCCCUGCACUGGCAGCAGCUGAUGCUGAAGAUGGAAGACAGGCUCAAACUUGUCAAUGCCUCGGUGGCCUUCUAUAAAACAUCUGAACAGGUGUGCAGUGUAUUAGAGAGUCUGGAACAAGAAUACAGACGGGAUGAAGACUGGUGUGGAGGUCGAGAUAAACUUGGACCAGCAUCUGAGAUAGACCACGUCAUCCCUCUGAUCAGCAAACACCUGGAACAGAAGGAAGCUUUUCUCAAGGCCUGUACACUGGCACGAAGGAAUGCAGAAGUAUUCCUCAAGUACAUCCACAGGAAUAAUGUCAGCAUGCCUGGAGUAGCAAGCCAUACAAGGGGGCCUGAGCAGCAAGUGAAAGCCAUUCUGAGUGAGCUGCUGCAGAGGGAGAACCGGGUCCUUCACUUCUGGACCCUGAAAAAACGAAGAUUAGAUCAGUGCCAGCAAUAUGUUGUCUUUGAGCGCAGUGCCAAGCAGGCCUUAGACUGGAUCCAAGAAACAGGCGAGUAUUACCUCUCUACUCACAACUCCACAGGGGAAUCAGCAGAAGAAACUCAGGAACUCAUGAAGGAAUAUGGGGAAUUCAGAGUACCCGCCAAGCAAACAAAGGAGAAAGUGAAGCUCCUCAUCCAGCUGGCCGACAGCUUUGUAGAAAAAGGACAUAUACACGCCACUGAAAUUAGGAAGUGGGUCACCACCGUUGACAAACGCUACCGCGACUUCUCUCUCAGGAUGGGGAAAUACCGCUACUCCCUGGAAAAAGCCCUUGGAAUCAAUACAGAGGAUAACAAGGACCUAGAACUAGAUAUUAUUCCAGCAAGUCUUUCUGACCGGGAAGUAAAGCUGCGAGAUGCAGGUCAUGAAGUCAAUGAAGAAAAAAGAAAGUCGGCCAGAAAGAAAGAAUUUAUUAUGGCUGAGCUGCUUCAGACAGAAAAAGCUUAUGUCAGGGACUUACAUGAAUGCUUAGAGACUUACCUCUGGGAAAUGACAAGUGGAGUGGAAGAAAUACCUGCUGGGAUCCUUAAUAAAGAACACAUCAUCUUUGGCAAUAUUCAGGAGAUAUAUGACUUUCAUAACAACAUUUUUCUAAAAGAACUAGAAAAAUACGAACAACUGCCUGAGGAUGUGGGCCACUGCUUCGUCACCUGGGCAGAUAAAUUUCAGAUGUAUGUCACCUACUGCAAAAACAAGCCUGACUCCAACCAGCUCAUCCUGGAACAUGCAGGGACUUUCUUUGAUGAAAUUCAGCAAAGACAUGGUCUGGCCAACUCUAUCUCCUCUUACUUAAUCAAACCUGUCCAGAGGAUCACAAAAUAUCAACUCCUACUGAAGGAACUGCUGACCUGCUGCGAGGAGGGCAAAGGGGAACUCAAAGAUGGUCUGGAGGUGAUGCUCAGUGUCCCAAAGAAGGCCAACGACGCAAUGCACGUCAGCAUGCUGGAAGGGUUUGAUGAGAACCUGGAUGUCCAGGGAGAGCUGAUUCUUCAGGAUUCCUUCCAAGUGUGGGAUCCCAAGUCUCUCAUUCGGAAGGGCCGUGAGAGGCAUUUGUUUCUCUUUGAAAUCUCUUUGGUGUUUAGCAAAGAGAUCAAAGAUUCUUCAGGACACACAAAAUAUGUUUACAAGAACAAGUUACUGACCUCAGAACUGGGAGUGACUGAACAUGUUGAAGGAGAUCCCUGUAAAUUUGCUUUGUGGUCUGGACGAACACCAUCCUCAGACAAUAAAACAGUGCUGAAAGCAUCCAGUAUUGAAACAAAACAGGAAUGGAUCAAAAACAUACGGGAAGUCAUUCAAGAAAGGAUUAUCCAUCUGAAAGGAGCUCUGAAAGAGCCAAUUCAGCUCCCCAAGACACCAGCAAAGCAGCGGAACAACAGUAGAAGAGAUGGAGUAGAUGAUGCAGAUAGCCAAGGAGAUGGCAGCAGUCAACCUGACACCAUUUCCAUUGCAUCCAGGACAUCACAGAACACAGUGGAUAGUGAUAAGCAUUUCGUCUACGGCAGAGACACAGGACAGUUGUCUGGAGGGUGUGAACUAACGGUGGUGCUUCAGGACUUCACCGCAGGCCACAGCAGUGAGCUCAGCAUUCAGGUGGGGCAGACGGUGGAGCUUCUGGAGAGGCCAAGCGAACGGCCAGGCUGGUGUUUGGUCCGGACCACGGAGAGGAGCCCGCCUCAGGAGGGUCUGGUCCCCAGCAGUGCUCUCUGCAUUUCCCAUUCCCGCAGCAGUGUGGAGAUGGAUUGCUUCUUCCCAUCAGGAAAAGACGCAUAUUCAGUCUCUUCCAAUGACAAUGGAGGCAAGUCUGAUUCAGUGGCCAAUUUACAACCUCAGCCAUCCCUCAACUCCAUCCAGAGUUCUCCUGGCCCCAAACGGUCAACAAACACCCUGAAGAAAUGGUUGACUAGUCCUGUGCGCCGGCUGAACAGCGGGAAGACCGAGAGCAACAUCAAGAAACAGAAGAAGGUGCGAGAUGGUAGGAAGAGCUUUGACCUCGGCUCACCAAAGACUGGAGAUGAAACCACUCCUCAAGGAGACAGCGCAGAUGAGAAGAGCAAGAAAGGUUGGGGAGAAGAUGAACCAGAUGAAGAGUCUCACACACCUCUUCCUCCUCCUAUGAAGAUCUUUGAUAAUGAUCCAACCCAAGAUGAGAUGUCCUCUUCUUUGCUAGCUGCUCGACAGAGCUCCUCCGAUGUCCCAGCUGCUGCGGAUCUUGUCAGUGCAAUAGAAAAGUUGGUCAAAAGUAAGCUGACCCUUGAAGGAGGAUCUUAUCGAGGAAGCUUAAAAGAUGCCACUGGCUGCUUAAGUGAAGGAAUGGUACCUACAACUCCCCCACGAAACCUUGAAGAGGAACAAAAAGCCAAAGCAAUGAGAGGCAGGAUGUUUGUCUUAAAUGAGCUGGUACAGACUGAAAAAGACUACGUCAAAGACUUGGGAACUGUUGUGGAGGGCUUCAUGAAGAGGAUAGAAGAAAAAGGAGUUUCUGAGGAUAUGAAGGGGAAAGACAAGAUUGUAUUUGGCAAUAUUCACCAGAUCUAUGACUGGCACAAAGACUUUUUCCUGGCUGAACUAGAAAAAUGUCUUCAAGAACCUGACCGUUUAGCACAGCUUUUUAUUAAGCAUGAGCGGCGAUUACACAUGUAUGUGGUAUAUUGCCAAAACAAGCCACGAUCUGAAUAUAUAGUAGCUGAGUAUGAGGCAUACUUUGAGGAGGUUCAACAGGAAAUUAGCCAACGGCUGACCAUCAGUGACUUUCUCAUCAAACCCAUUCAAAGAAUAACUAAAUAUCAGCUUCUUCUCAAGGACUUCCUGAGGUACAGUGAAAAAGCUGGUCUGGAGUGCUCCGAUAUAGAGAAAGCGGUUGAAUUAAUGUGCCUUGUACCGAAACGUUGCAAUGAUAUGAUGAACCUGGGCCGCCUCCAAGGCUUUGAGGGCAAGCUGACAGCUCAAGGAAAGCUGCUGCAGCAGGACACCUUCUACGUGACAGAGCAGGAUUCUGGAGUUCAGUCUCGACCAAAGGAGCGUAGGGUGUUUCUCUUCGAGCAAAUAGUUAUCUUCAGUGAACUCCUUAGAAAAGGAUCUUUAACUCCAGGCUACAUGUUCAAGAAAAGCAUAAAGAUGAACUACCUUAUCAUUGAAGAAAACGUGGACAAUGAUCCCUGCAAGUUUGCUUUAAUGAGCCGGGAAACAUCAGACAGAGUCAUUUUACAGGCAGCUAAUCCAGAAAUUCAGCAAGCUUGGGUACAGGACAUCAACCAAGUUCUGGACACACAAAGAGAUUUCCUAAAUGCGCUACAGUCUCCCAUAGAGUACCAACGCAAAGAAAGUAGCUCAGCAGUGCUGAGGCCCCAGACCGGUAGGGUCCCUCAGCCCAACAGCAGACCCUAUUCUUCUGUUCCAGUAGGGUCAGAGAAGCCUUUGAAGGCUACAAGCCGUAACCCAUCUCUUCCACCCCUGAAGAUAUCUACCUCCAACGGCAGCACAGGGUAUGAACAGUCACAGCCAGGAGACAGCUAUGAACAAAACAAGACUGAUUUGGGAGGGUGCAAUGGGACCUCUUCCAUGGUGGUGAUUAAAGAUUACUAUGCACUGAAAGAGGAUGAGAUCUGUGUGAAUCAAGGAGAGGUGGUUCAGAUCCUUGCUAUCAACCAGCAGAACAUGUUCCUGGUGUACCAGCCUGCAAACGAUCACUCUCCAGCUGCUGAAGGAUGGAUCCCUGGCAAUAUCUUGGCUCCCCUCACUAAAUCCACUACAGAUAAUAGCGACGGAAGCAUCAAGAAGUCAUGUUCAUGGCAUACCCUGCGCAUGAGAAAGCGGGCGGAAAAGGAGAGCAGUGGCAAAAAUGAAGCCAAUGGGCCACGUAAAUCCAAGGAUAUUCUGGGGAACAAAGUCUCAGUUAAAGAGACAAACAGCUCAGAGGAAUCAGAGUGUGAUGACCUUGACCCCAAUACUAGCAUGGAGAUAAUCAACCCCAAUUUCAUUCAAGAAGUGGCUCCAGAGUUUCUUGUGCCAUUAGUGGACAUCACCUGCCUGCUUGGUGACACAGUGAUGCUGCAGUGCAAAGUCUGUGGACGGCCCAAACCAACUAUCACCUGGAAAGGACCAGAUCAAAACAUUCUUGACAAUGACAACAGCACAGCCACUUACACAGUGUCAUCCUGUGACUCUGGGGAGCUCACCUUGAAGAUCUGCAACCUGAUGCCUCAGGACAGCGGCAUUUACACCUGUGUGGCAACCAAUGAACAUGGAACUGCAUCAACCUCUGCAACCAUCAAAGUUCAAGGUGUCCCAGCUGCCCCAAAUCGCCCCAUUGCUCAGGAGAGAAGCUGUACCUCUGUGAUCCUACGCUGGCUACCGCCAUCCAGUACAGGCAAUUGCACCAUUUCAGGCUACACUGUGGAGUACAGAGAAGAAGGCUCACAAGUCUGGCAGCAGUCGGUAGCCUCCACAUUGGACACAUACCUCGUCAUUGAAGACCUGGCCCCAGGCUGCCAGUAUCAGUUUCGAGUGAGCGCCAGCAACCCCUGGGGGAUCAGCUUGCCCAGUGACCCAUCUGAAUUUGUGAGACUCCCAGAGUACGACUCUGCUGCUGACGGUGCUACUAUUUCAUGGAAGGAAAACUUUGACCUCGCUUAUGCAGAGCUGCAUGAGAUUGGGAGGGGCCGAUUCUCCAUAGUAAAGAAAUGUGUUCACAAAGCCACACGGAAAGAUGUUGCUGUAAAAUUCAUUAGUAAAAAAAUGAAAAAGAAAGAGCAGGCAGCACAUGAAGCAGCUUUGUUACAGCACUUACAGCAUCCUCAGUACAUCACUAUCCAUGAUACCUACGAGUCUCCUACUUCUUACAUCUUAGUUUUGGAACUGAUGGAUGAUGGGCGUCUCUUAGAUUAUCUAAUGAACCAUGAUGAACUUAUGGAGGAAAAGGUUGCUUUCUACAUAAGAGACACAAUGGAAGCCCUGCAGUAUCUUCACAAUUGCAGAGUGGCUCAUUUAGACAUAAAGCCAGAAAAUCUGCUCAUUGAUUUAAGAAUCCCGGUACCUCGUGUCAAGAUCAUUGAUUUGGAAGAUGCAGUUCAGAUCACAGGUCAUUACCAUAUACACCACCUCCUUGGAAACCCGGAGUUUGCAGCUCCUGAAGUUAUCCAAGGCCUUCCUGUCUCUCUAAGCACGGAUAUCUGGAGCAUUGGAGUCCUCACCUACGUUAUGUUAAGUGGCGUCUCUCCAUUCCUGGAUGAAAGCAAAGAGGAGACUUGCAUCAAUGUGUGCAGAGUAGAUUUCAGCUUCCCGCUGGAGUACUUCUCCAAUGUGAGUCAUGCCGCCAGGGAUUUCAUCAAUGUUAUCCUCCAGGAAGACUUCAGGAGAAGGCCAACAGCAGCCACUUGCUUGCAGCACCCCUGGCUGCAAUCACACAAUGGCAGCUAUUCCAAGAUCCCACUGGAUACCUCCCGCUUGGCUUCCUUCAUCGAACGCCGCAAGCAUCAGUAUGACGUGCACCCGGUCCCCAGCGUCAAGAGUUUCUUGAUGAGCAGGAUGAGCCCAGGCACAUAAUGCCUACAUGCCUGGGGUCCUACACUGCUGGUCCUGAGGCGAGAUGCAGUGAGCAAGCAGGCACAAAGCAGAUCUGUCUGUACAUAGUCCCAAAUUCAGCAUUUGCGUUUCAUGUGGCUUCCCUAACUGCAGGGUACAAAUCAUUGUGGAGGUGGCAGAAUCUGCCCAGUUCCUCAGGACCAGAGCAAAGGGGGUAACAGUGGCAGGUGCCUGCUCCCUCCCCUUGAGGGGCUCCUUCUGGAGCACCUGGUAUUGUUGCAUCCCCCACCAAAAAAGAACUGUGGGAAACAAACACCAACUGGAGACGCAAGCCAAAACUGCAGUUGCCUUAAUCUUCGUGAGGCAGCCUUACAUGAAACCCUCUUGAUCUUGCAAAUGGAACUCAAAAUGUACAAGAGACUAGGAGUAGGAUAGUUGGGGGAGUGAGACUAGGCUGACCUUAGCAUGUUCUGUAGAACUGGACUGAAGUCGUUUUUGCUGAAAUCAUUGCAAGCCUGCUCCAGGUUAACAGACAGAUUCUGCAUGCCCCAUAUGCCUGGGUCUGCCAUGAUUUCAGUGGGGGCUUUGCCUGCAUAGGACAUGCAAGAUCAGGCACUAGUCACUGCUGGAUCAGCUUCUGUGGUGGCAUGGCUUAGAUGCGCUCUUGUUGCAUUGUAGUGCUCAGACCAAAAUCCCCCGUUAAUCCUUGGGCUUUCUGCUGUGUCAAGUCAACAUCCUUUUGGAGCUAUGAUUAAGGCAAGGAAUUCAUUGGAAUAUACGGCUGGUUUUGACUAAGCACAAAGGGACCAUGAUGGGUUUUUUUAAAUGCAUUUUAUACACACUGUACAGAAAUUUUUUGCAAAACCUGUGCAUUGAGAAAAGGCUGUGACCAAUUUUUGCAGUAUCUGUAAACUAGAUGAUGAUGAUGAAGACAAUUUUUUCUAUCACAGGUUUUCAGUAUACAUAUAUUGUAUCAUAUAUAUAAAUAUAUAUAUAUAUAUAAAGGAUCCUGUUCCAUUUCUAGAUUCAGAAUUGCUUGGCCCAAAGUCCAUCUAAGCCUUUCAGAGUGCAGUAGGAGUGGUGAGUUCAGCCUUGUGCUUACAGCUUGAAAAUAGUUUUCAGUGUUUAAAGUAUGUCAUUUGUUUCAUUUCCAAACUUGUAAAUAUCUCUCAGCCACCAUUAGCACCUCAUCACCAAAGCAUUUGUGAGGAUAUUUUUAUAUCCAAAGCCUAAUUUGUCAUAAAAUAAAAAAUAUUCACAAUUAAAA